AUGGCGUCUUCCUCACGCACCUCUCUGCUGGCAAAAGUUGCGCGGCUGAGCACCACAAAUAGCAGCAACAGCAUGACAGCAAGGUGUAUGCCUAUUUUUCGUCGUUCAUUUAUCUUGUUGGCAUCUAGAAGAGGUGGAUUCCCCCAACAGCGCCUUCCCUUCCCUUCUGAACUCUUGCUUCCUCGGGCAUUUUCCACGUCUUCGCCUUUCUCGGCCUCCGUUGCUGAAAAACGGAGGUCCUCUGGACCUUCGAGUUUGGAGUCUGAGGACGCGCUAUCAGAAGACGUGUCUCUGGCCUCCAAAGAGGCUAUUCCGGACUCCCGUGUUCCCAUCCACACUCUGCGCGGAGUUAUUCACGAAAACACCCUGAAGGCCAUGACAGUGCACCCCUUCAAGCACACACACAUGUCUCCUGUGCAAGAACACAUCCUUCCCCUUCUUCCCGACCUUGCCCUCCCACACGACCAACACCCUUCCACAACAUCACCGUCAAUGUCCCACCACAAGCCACGCGACCUUCUCGUUAAGGCGAAGACCGGUACAGGAAAGACCAUGGCCUUCCUCGUUCCUGCCAUUGAAGCGCGAGUCAAGGCCAUUUCCGAUCAUGUCGAGUCUUCUCUGGAGCAGCUCAAGGCUACCGGCCUCCAGCCCAACCUUUCUGACCGUCUAACUGCGACACGACGAUUGCCACACAACAAGUUGGCACGCUGA